AUGCUCAGGUUUAUUGAAAAAAAAUUCAGGAUAUAUUUUUGUAUUUUACAUUUAUAUAUUGGUACUAUAUGGAUAUUUAUUAAUAUCUGGUUAUUUACUAAUAAUCUAGUUUAUUCUAUACCUUAUCAAUUUGGUGAAUCUCUACAAAUCAAUGAAGCAGCGAACUUGCUAUAUCGAUACGGGUACAUGGAUGACUAUUCCAAAACUCAUAAUAAUAAUCAUAAUAAUGGUAACCCUAUACCACCAGAUCAAAAUCCAUAUGAAUCUAAAUUUCUUUAUCCAGAUAAAUUAUCAUUAACUAAUCCACCGAAAGAAUUUAAUAAUGCAAUUAAAAAAUUUCAAAGACACUAUAAUCUACCUAUUACAGGUAAAUUAGAUGAAGCUACAAAAAAUCUAUUAAUUUCACCACGUUGUGGCAAUCCAGAUCAACAAAUUAAUUUGAAACAAUCAUCAACAUUAUUAUCCAAAUUAAAAUUUGGCAGUACAUUCCAUUUUAAUCAUAAUUAUUCAUUAACUGUACAAAUGCUAAUAAUAAUCACAAUGAAAGAAGAUUAUUAA